AUGUCAUCGACGACGAGCACGAGUGAGCUGUUCCUGUAUCGAUGGGACCUCGCAGAGUCUGCCGGCGUUAUUCGUACAAACGUGAGCGACACAAUCCGUCGUACGAUCCCUGGCGACUUGGGACUCGUCAUUCAGUUUAAUCCAAGCCACAUCAAGGUCCGAGGCCACUUGCUGUUUGUGCUCGAGCUGAGUCGUGUAAAGUCGCAGCAAAUGACCAAAGAAUUCUUGUUGUACGCUCUUAGUAUAUCACAUACACUGCACCGUGAGGACUUCGCUCUGGAGCCCGAAGACGCUGUUAAGGACGCUGUUCAUGUCGUACACAUCGCUUGGGCGCUGCUGGAACUUCUUCAGGCUCGAGGAAUCCCACACAACCUCCUCGUUGUCGGCACCGUGCUCUUUGUUUUCCCUCGCCAGCCGCAAUGUGAGAAUGGAGUUGGAAUGUUAUUCUCCGACAAGUCACUCGAUGACUCAGCCAUGGUUUACGCCGGUCGACUGCGUGUCGCCGUAGCCGAGCUCUCCGGUCUCAUUGUUGCUGGAGACAGCGUCGCGUAUGAAAACCUCACCGAGGAGAUGUUCAACUCGAUCCUGCGACGUGAAGUCUCCCUCUCAGCAAUCGCCAAAGCUGGCCCGCGUAAGGAGGUUAUUUUCAUCAAACACUUCGAUAUACAUCGGGAUGUCAGCGAGGGCGGAUUUGGCAAAGUUAAUGCUGUCAUUCGCAAGAAGGCAAGCCCCGUCAAGUGA